AUGUCACGCGAACGCAGCAUGGCGGCACAGGCUGAUGCUCAGUAUCUCAUGAGGCAUGCAGCGAUCAAAGUCGUACAAGGGACGGUCAUUGCAGUUCCACCUCUUCUGCUGGCCACGCAACUCUACAGGCGUACCUUCUCACUCAAUCGGUUCCUGAGGGGCAACGCGAUUGCUUCGCUUGUCGGCGCUGCAGGCGGCGCUGGUCUGUAUUACGGACGGGCGCGCAACUUUGACGAUGUUGCACUGGCAGAUCGUGUUCAGAGGCUAAGAUCCAACCGCUCGCAGGCUCAAGUGGACGACUGGACGCUCAUCGGUAGCAUCAUCGGCUCACUUCUCACGACGACGCUCUUCAUGAGACGUGCCAAUGUGCUCUACUGCCUCCUUGGCGGCGCAUCCCUCGGAGCUGGCGGCGGGGUGCUCACUCACAUGUACCAGACGUACGGUCUUCAAGGCAGCAUCGAAGCUGUCCAAGAGGGUCCACCCGGCGGCAAGAUCAUUGAUGAUCUCCAAUCGGGCAAGGCAGACGAGGUCCUGAAAGGAAAGCCUACAUAG